AUGUCAUAUCUUUUUCAAGUAAUCCUGUUUACAAAGGGAGUUAAUGAAAUCGUAAUAUUAUUUAUUUUUAUUUUUGGUCAUAUUGUUUAUUUGUUCUUGGGUAACUACGUUGGUCAAAUUUUAAUAGAUCAUAGCGCCGGUAUUUUUCAAAACAUAUACAUAACACGAUGGCAAGACGCGCCUUUGCAAGCACAAAAAUUAUUGCCAAUUAUAAUGCAAAGAAGUAUGAAAAGUUGCAAGAUGGUUGUGGGCGGAAUGUUUGUUCCAUCAUUGGAAGGCUUUGCAGCGCUUAUGAGCACGACUUUGUCGUACUUUACCGUACUCUGGUCGGUACAGAAGUAAUUCUAUUAACGAGAAAAAUUUAUAACAUAAAUCGUAGUU